AUGAAUCUUGUUAUCCCUUCCCCUCCAAUCGAGGCAUCUGUCUCAAAAUUGAGCCCGGAUACAUAUCAGAUGGGCUCUAAGUUUCUUUGCAAAAAGACUACAAGCGGGAUUCCCAAUACUGCAGUUGCUAGUUGGGACGAGGGUGAUGGGCAGUUCUACAUAGUUGAAACUACCAGUGCCAACUCAUUAGGGGAGCCAGCCGAUGGCCUCAUCUACCAGGCUGGCUUGUCAUCCGCUGUCUGGGAGAUCGAGACACAGGCGAUCUGUAAGGUCAAGACAUGGUCUGAUUGUGUGGGAAGAGAAAGCGACACACUUGCUUUCAUCGCAUCCAGGUUCCCACAUAUCCCCAUCCCUGAGGUGAUCUAUUCGUGGACCGAUGAGAAACUCAAUAGGUCCUUCCUAAUCUUGCAACGGAUCCAAGGGCAAACUCUGGCGAGUGCCUGGCCGUCUCUAACUGCAGAGCAAAAAGCUGAGGUCGCUUGCACCGUUGCGGGAUACUGCCGCGAUCUUACCGAAGAAACCUCGGAGAAGCUACAGUCUGCAACAGGCUGUGGAGUUCUCGAACCUUUCCUAACCGUGCAUCCAGAAGCGUCUCACCCGUCCUGGAAACCCCGACCAUUGGGUCCCUUCUCUUGCAUCGCAGCUGAGAAGUAUUUCAACAAAAUAUCAACCCUGCCGGCACCCCCUAUAGGAGACAAGUUUCAUUUCUAUCAUUCUGACCUUAGUCCAACCAAUAUUCUCCUCACAGACGAUGGUGCUGUGAAGGCUAUCCUAGACUGGGAGUCAGCUGGGUACUAUCCGAAGUUCUGGAUUCCUCUUAAGCCACGAUUCUCGUUACGACUGGACCGAUCUUCUUGA